AUGAAACAAUACACAACUACAUGUCAGUGCGCGCACGCCGCCGCCACCGAGCCCGGCUCCAUGCUCAGGAAGCGGGCCACGUGCCGCACCGCUGCACGCACAACACACAUUCAAAUGAAACAAUACACAACUACAUGUAGGCGCGUGCGCGCCGCCGCCACCGAGCCCGGCUCCAUGCUCAGGAAGCGAGCCACGUGCCACACCGCUGUACGCACAACACACAUUCAAAUAAAACAACACACAACUACAUAUAGGCGCGCGCGCGCCGCCGUUACCGAGCCGGCUCCAUGCUCAGGAAGCGAGCCACGUGCCACACCGCUGCACGCACAACACACAUUCAAAUGA